UAUUUGUCAAGCUUGCAUGCUAUGAAAAUUUUACGAUCGCUAUAUUGCUUAGAUUAUUGAUUUCUAAGUAUUUGCUAUAUUUUAGAAAAAUAGUACUUACCCAUAUUUCACAAUUAAAAAUAUUUUUAAUUUAGUAAUAGUGUAAAUAGUAUAAAUACAGUGUCCCACGAAAGUUUUCUAAUACUUACUGCAGAAAAUUUUUAUGAUUAUAUGUACAUUAUACGAAAAUUUCUGAAAUUUCGUUAAUACUGUAACGAGACACAAUUACAUAUCGUGAUCAUAACAGUAAAAUUUGAUACCAUUUAUUGCAAACAUGCACUAGUGAAAAAUUAAAAGAUCUGUUUCAAAUUUUAUCAAUAUAAUCACGAUAGUUGUGUCUUGUUACAGUGCUAAUGAAAUUUCAAAAUACUUUGUAAAAUAUACAUACAUAAAAAUAUCUGGAAAUGGCAGACACUGAUCCACAAUUAAAAGAACUUUUAUUCCCAGCAGAAGAGACUUUAUUUGAACAAUUUUUAAGGUUUGGAUUAUAUAUUAGUGCAUUAUACCAAAUUAUAUGUCUAUUGGCAAUACUAGUGGUUUUUCAAAGGGGCCCUUCCGAUGGUAUAGCUGCUUUAAAGGAUGAUCCAAGCGACGUAGAGUGUUCAGAAAAUAGUCCUCAAGUAACCCCAAGGAGACCUCAUAGACCACGAAAACAAGAAAAAAAAAAAAGACGCUGAAUUGCUUCCUUGCCUGUACAAAAAAUACAUUAUUGAAUCAUUUUUAUAUUUCUUAGGAAAACUACAUUUAUAUAUUAUUAUUUGUGCAAUUCUGAUAAAGUAUUGUAUGCUAAAUAUAUCGAUUACAUUUUAACUAUUUAAGAAAUAUUUAAAAAUAUGAAUGAAAUAAAAUUGUUUUUACAAAAACAUA